AUGGUCAGGCUGCCCAGCAGGAAGGCCUUGGAGGCCAUGAAGCGCACAGAUAUACAGAAACUGUGCAAGGAUUACGGCGUCAAGGCAAAUCUCAAGACCGAAGCGCUAAUUGAUCUACUGCAGAGCAUCAACACUCCACAACCUACUCGAGAACCACCGCAGCCACAACCACGCAAGGUUUCAACCAGAAGGUCGAGUCGUGCGGGACCGAGUCGCACUAGCUCAAUCGUUAUCCAUGAUUUUGAAGGAGAGGACGAGGAGGAACAAGGACAAGAAGAAUUGCAAGAACAGGAAGAAGUACCACACAUUCCAAACCCGCCGCCAUCGCGAACGAGGAAGGCCAAGGAAACUCAGCUGAGGCUAGGGGUCGGGCGGCCGAAGGCUGCAGGUGGCUCUGGUGCCAGAGCUGUGACUAAAUCCGUGAGUCUGUCGAAGGGAAAGCGUGCAAAGAGCAGCAAGACCAUGAAACCGUCCGAAGCUCCUAUCCCGGAGGAAGCGGAGGAACAGGAUCCCCCAGAGCCCAAGCAUUCCAGUCUCGGUCUAGAGCUAGUUACUGCAUCGCCAGAACCGACUUUAAAGCCCCGGUCACCUACGCCAGCAGAACCAUCAGCGGAAUCGGCGGUCAUUGCUGAGACUUCCGCCGUUCAACCUCUUCGUGAACAGUUGGCGGCUCUUCACAACGAAGUCGAGCGACUGAAAAGAGAUCAACAGCAGGUCCACGUUCUACAAGCCACACUCGACAUAUUAACCACUGAGCUGGAUGAUCUUCGCGGCCAGACCACAGAGGCACUGUCAAUAGCAAACGAACUCAGACAAGCUCUGAAGACCCCUUCGAUUCCCAGGACACCCUCCCCACGGAGUCCUCGACAGGAAGUCCCACCAGCGCCCCAUUCUAUAAGUGCAACUACAUUUGCCGCCAUUGCCGGUCCUUCUUCCAAGAAAGGUGAACCACCUUGCGAUCCUCCUUCACCCACAUCACGCGCCGCCGAGAGAGGUGGGCUGCAGCAUCCGGGCUUCGCAUUGACGACUCUAGGCAAGCGACAUAGAGAUUCGACGACAUCAAAUAUCACCGGUAUAAUGGAAGGUGAGGACGACGAUAUCCCGGAGGAUGAGCUCCGCACGAAAGUGAUACGCCCGAUGAAGAAACGGCUAAAAACAACCAGAGACUCGUCCACACCCAACAAUGCCACUGCCGGUCCGUCUCGACAACGCGAUAGUCCCAGGACUCCCACAAAUAGAGAUGACGAGCCGCGGAUCCCCACUUUCUCUAUCUAUCGUGAUCCUGAUCCGUCAGAUUAUGUAGAUCCUCCGCCACCGACUAAUCAUCUUCCGGACUUCUUUGAAGCCGCAAUAGCAGGCUCGUCCCGACAGACAAGCACGAGCUCCGAAGCCACCACAGAAAAUCAACACCCAUUUAGUUUCUCCUUCCUUCCUUACACCUCGACACCAGCACAUCCUAGUCUUGUCCCCCCUCUUCCAUACCCUGAAAUUGGGCAAUCUCCUACUCCAGCGGGACUCAGCCGUCUGGGUCUUGGACGACCAAGCACCUUCCAGCCAUUCGGUCGAUCACCUCGUGCAGAUGCUGAUGAACACCAAGAUGGUGGGGCAUUCGUCAACCCUGCGGCGUUGUCCACUGACAACCAUCGGGAGUCCUCAAGCAGUGCUGGUACACCAUCAGCGCAGACUCCAGGAUCAAGCAGGACUCCGCAAGAACCUCAUCCGAAGCCAGUAACUAUGUAUGGAACUGAGCUCGAAGGUGAUACCCGUUUUGGAGAUUUUGGUGUCGAAGGUGUUGCGAGCAGCGGACAGAUGCUGCCCAACUUCUGGACAGGCGGCAAGUUUUGA